ACAAAACUGCGUGCGAGAUCCAACAGGUGACUACUUCCUCUUGAGAAUGCUGAAAGCGUUGCCAGAAUGCAAAGCAGGCAACAGAUCAGCAAACAAUCCUAUGACGUUCUACUCCCUCUUUCAAUUAUAGUGAAUGCAAAUUUUACUUGCUCAUUCAUUUUUUUUAUUGGUUUUAGUCAGUGUUGUUUGAUGAUCAUAAAAACUUGAUGUUGAAACUGUAGUGGUAGUCGAUCUUCCCUACAAACUGUUCAAAUUAUCUUCUGAACUUCAACAUCUCAAUCUGAAUUUCAUGACAUUUUUCACAUCUCAAUCUGAAUUUCAUGACAUUUUUCAUUGUCCUUUCUGCAGGUGGAUAAGAAUAUCUUCUCUCAUACCUUUCAAGUUGUUUCUUUUUUGGGAGAUUUGAUAGAUUGUUGUUCUUGUCCUCAUCUAUCUACAUUUAUUAUAUUUUUUGAUAUCAAACAGAAACAUCCAAGAAAAAAUGGCUGAGGUAGCACCACCAGCACAAGAGGCUGCGGCCGCAGCACCAGCCGCGGAGCCAGCCACCGAGCAACCAGGAGUCGAGAUGGAUAAUGAAAUUGCGGUAGUCACCAUCAUUAAUCUUGAAGAUUACUUGUUACACCUCCUUGUCCUUGUUCACUUGACUUCAACAUGAUCAUGAUGCACAGUAGACAAACUCUAAUACGACUCUGUCUGAUGUAUAUACUUUUUAUAAUGUAAAGAAUGAAUCCUUAUUCGGUUGAUACGCAAAAGAAAGUUGAUUGCAUCUCAACAUGAUCCUGAGAUCUUCAUGACUACUUGUCCACUUGUCGUACCUGUGAAAAGAAAGUGAAGAGGGCUAAAAAGAAAUGAAGAGGGCCGCCCCGAGUCUUGAUCGCAGUCGCAGCGCAGAAAAAAAAUUAAAAAGAGAAGACCUUGUAGUUGAGCACCGUUGUAAGCGCUAGAAAAUAACGCGACAUGCGUCUUGAUGCCCCGCCAAACGUUGCUCUUGCUUUGGUUUUUUGUCGUUGUUUUCGUUAAGUGUUUUGCCUGUUUUGGUUGUUCCGGUGUCUCUGAACAGCUGUAUUGAGUUUUUUGGUCGAUCAUGGUUGUGCCGGGAAUACGAGGUCGAGCCGACUGCGUCGGAGCAGAUCUUCGUGCAGAAGUAGUUUUCGUUCCUGGAUACCGACACUGGCAUGCUGUGAUCGGCCGACUUUGUAUGCUAGGCGACGGCACGAUGCAGAGGACACAUACCUUCUUCAACGGUGGGAGCAAUCGCCAGGGUAGCAUCUUGCACGUUGCUCUUCUUGUUUCCACCAUGAGAUUUAGGGUGUGUCCUCCUUUCGAGUACGACUAGCAUAGACAUUUUCUUUUUCAAGCUUCUUCAAUUUCUAGAACUUUCACGAAGAAAAUCUGCCAUAACAGAAGCCCUCACCUUAGACCGACUCUUGACAGUCUUCUCCUCUCCCUCGAAGCGAGCUUUAUUCCGGAAAACAGGCAGCUCCUCGCAUUGAUAGAUCGUCGACUUCAUUUUUUUCACCGGAAAAAACAAUAACAACAUCGCCGUCCCAUUCUUAUCGCCUUGCCACUGCUCAUGCGUUGCGUCUGCUCCCUAAACGGCCCUCCUUUGCGCUUUUUCACGUGAUUCUUCUUUUGAGUUGGAACAGGUAUGCACGACGUACUUCUCACAUUCAUACAAGCCAUUACCAUUUUUACGGGAGGACUAUCAAUCAAAUCAUCAAGUUCACUAGUUGUACAAGAACAACAUGGAAGUAGAUUUUUUCAUUUCCUAAACCCUAAGGGCGCCCUUCACACCACCCACCACAGGAACUCGAAGAGGAGAUGGAGUACAUGGAGAAGGAGACCAACCUAGUCAAAGACCUUUCCGAAAAAGCGGAACAGGAAAUGGGUGAGACCGAUAGACUGGAUUCUGACUCUAAAUCCGUCUAUAUUGGCAACGUUGAAUACGGAGCGACACCAGAGGAGUUGCAAGAACAUUUCAAGAGUUGUGGACAAAUCGCCAGGAUAACAAUCAUGGUGGACAAAUACACAUGCUGCCCGAAAGGUAUAAUUAUUUCUGAUAUAUUUGGUUUUGGAUCACGACUUCUUUUUAAGGGUAGGUUAAAGGUGCUUUUCUUACCGCUUUUUAUGCCUCUCCUAAGGGAGAAAGGCAUAACAAGCGGGGUAAGCGAGCACCAAAAGCCUACCUCUAAUCUUUGGAUUAUUCAAACACUUCUCUGAGUAUCAGUAUACAGCAAGUUUCUAUUCAAAAUACAUACUACUGUAAAAUCGGGCCUCCAGGUUUCGCAUACAUGGAGUUUUCAGAUCCAGAGCAUGUGAAAAACGCAGUCCUCUUGAACGACUCCCUUUUUCGCGGACGUCAAUUGAAGGUCUUAGCAAAGCGAACCAACGUUCCGGGAUACUCAAAGGGCAAAGGCAAAGCAGGCAAGCCAAAAGGAAAAGGCAAGGGGAAGAUGAAAGGAGGGUAUAGAAUUCGAUCAUCUUUAACUUCUUUAGCUGUACUAGGUUUUUUUAUUCACAAAAAUUAUUUUUUGCAUCUGUGUAAAUGCAAAGGAGUAGGUCUCACGACAAGAACUGCAGUAGGAGAAUGUCAAUGUCGUGUUUUUUAGAUCUAAAAAUCUUGUUUUACUUUCACUAUUUUCAAAAUCUCACCCAAUCCUACACCCGAUCGCCCUCCUUCAGGUACGUCGCUACUUACGCGCCCACCUGGGGCAAGGGUAAAGGCAAGGCGAAGGGCCCUUAUUACGGCUAAGAAGAUUGGAGCUUCUUUUCCUGAGAAUAUUGUUGCGUAGAAGUGCUUUUCCGCACAUGAUCAAGAAUAUAGCUGCAGAUGAAUUUCUUGUGGUAUGACUACAACUCAACAUGAUUAUGCCAAAGGAGCUUUUGGAUAUGGUUAUGCAGUGCCCCAAUUUUGUGUUGUCGUGUCUGAACAUCUUGUGAUCAUGAUCUAUUACUUUGCCGUCACCGUCAGUUCUUCUUGUCUAUGAUUUUGGCGUACUGACGCCAUAAGAACUACAAACUUCAAGGGUGGACUACAAGAAUACGACCCUUGUUUGUAAACACAUGAUUGGUAGAUGAAUUUGCAGUGCCCCAGCACAACAUCCCGCAGUCUCAACAAAUGAACAGCUGAACACAAGAACCACAUCGACUUCACGCACAUACACAACAAACUUUCGCAACAAAGAACAUCACAGCAAUUAAAUUCAAGAAAAUCAAAAUGUCAAAAAA